AUGGCCCAGAGUGAAACUCGCAAUGCCGGCGACCCGUCCUUGGACCGACUUCGUCUGCUCACAGAUAUGUGCCGUAACAUCGACCUGCCUUAUGGCACGUUUAGCAUCGACUAUUACGGCACCAACGACGCUAGCUUCGAGAUAUAUAUACACCUUCCCCCAGGUGAUCAUAACUCUGUCGACAAGAACGGCAACCCGCUGCCUGGGACUCUCAUCGAGCGAGACGUCACCAGCCCCCAUGACUGGGACUUCUUGCUAUACUCUCACAUUGCUCUGCAGGGCAAUAGCCGCCCUGUUCACUAUCAUGUUGUUCUUGAUGAGAUCAAGCACCGGCCACAGGAGCUUCAGAACAUGAUAUAUGAUCAUUGUUAUCAAUAUAUGCGUUCAACCACCUCAGUUUCUUUAUUCCCUGCAAUCUACUAUGCACACCUUAUCUCCAACCGUGCACGUCAUCACGAUGAUGCUCCUGCAAGCUCUGGCCCCCAGAGCGGACCCGAGGUCAAGCUAACGAACCCCAAGCCGAAGGAGAAGAAAGCGGAUCCUCGCCUUCUGCCGAUUCAUGGCACUUCGAACCGUCUGCCCUUUGGCAUGUGGUACAUUUAG